AUGUUCAUGGGCAUCAAACGAAGAGCCCUCCACGCUCUCCUUGUGUGUGGUGCCUUGGUGCUUUUGUCUCUCUGGCUCUCGCUGGCGUCGAUCCCUCGCCUGAUACAACCAGCCAAUUACUUGGACUCGCUUCUGGUGUCGCUAUGGCUGUCUAAUCCACUCAACACUGACCAAGACUCACUCAACAAGAAAGUCAUUCAGAAGGUGAAGCAGCGAAGAAAGAAUGAUUUGGAGGACGUCUUCUGGAGAGUCGAUACCCGUUUGCGCAAGGAUCAGACCGAACUAGAAAUUCCCCCCUAUUUUUUCCAAAACGACAAGGACCGGCCCGAUGUGCAACCGUUUGACCCAAGGUUCACCUUGGCCUUCUACUACUACUUCAUACGAAAGCAUGCGCUGACGUCGCCACAAGGCAUUACGGCGCCAUUCCACUGGGCGGACUGGAUGGACAUGUCUGUGCUUGAUCAGUAUAUAUUCACCAACGAGCACACAACAUGCUCGUUCAUGGAUCAACGUGAAAAGGAAGAAGAGAUGGCGAAGAAGCAUGACAAGCCCAACCCACACGAAUCCUUGGAUCCAGCAGAGUACUGCCUUGAGGAUAAAGACUUGCCCUUUACUCACGAUGAUGGCAACAGGCUUCGGAUGGGUUUCAACGUUAAAAAGUAUCCGGGCAGAAUGGAGGCUAGCAUGGGAGUGAUCGCUGGAAGAUCUUAUAUGUAUACGCAUGCUCCUCCUCCUGCCAGCGUUAUUUUCAUGACCGAUAAUGGUUCGUAUAAUAUCACAACAACUGGGGCCAAAGAGAAGCUACUACAUAAUGGCAUUGUCGAUGAUUACAUCAAACUGGGUAAGAAAACGAUCAACACAUUGGAGGAGUUUACUUUGUUGAACCAAGAGGUUCCUUCGUUCACCGAAAGAGUGAUAAGCGAUUAUCAAAUCCACUUAAGCCACCUGGACUUCGUUCUGAACCCAAGUGAGAUUAUUGAUCAGUUGCAAAGUCGAAGUCAAUCAAAGCCAUUGACACAGCAAGAAGAAAAGUACCUUCAAUCUGUCCAAUAUUCUGUAGCGACUCAAAAUGAUCCACCAAAGUUUUUCAAAGAGGCCAGAAUCUUUAAUACUGUUAUUGGCGACCACUACGAUUGGAGAUUUUUCAACGGCAUAAAGCUUCACUCAGAAGAACAAGAACUUACUUUGCAUCGUAUGGUGAGAACUUGGUUGUCCUUUUGUCGUAAGCAAGGUAUCAGGACGUGGAUGGCACAUGGUUCCCUUCUCUCGUGGUAUUGGAAUGGUAUAGGGUUUCCUUGGGACAACGACAUUGAUGUUCAGGUGCCAAUCAUGGACUUGCACAAACUAGCCAUGUACUUUAACCAAUCUCUCGUUGUUGAAGACGGCAAAGACGGCUUCAGUCGUUAUUUCAUCGAUAUCACGUCCUCCAUUACUGUCAGGGAAAAAAGCAAUGGAAAAAACAAUAUCGAUGCCAGAUUCAUUGACGUCGAUUCUGGUCUCUACAUUGAUAUUACAGCUUUGGCUGUCAGCAAGGAAUCUGCGCCAGACAGGUACACUCAUGGAAGCCCAAAGGAGGUCAAGGACGACCCUGACAAGCUUAAUGUCAAUGACAAACUUCAACUUUACAAUUGUCGAAAUCAGCAUUUUUCGAGCCUUCAGGAGGUUUCACCUCUAUUUAAGUCAUUCGUGGAGGGUAAAGUGGCGUACAUUCCUAAAAGGUAUUCAGAUAUCCUCACUGCAGAGUAUAAUAGGAAAGGCUUGCUUGACAAGUUCUUCAGUCAUCGUCUCUUUAUGCCGCAAUUACGGCUUUGGAUACAUCAAGAUAAGUUGAGGUUCUUCUUACGUGAUAGGAAUCAGUGGCUCAAAUACUUCAGUGCCAAGACCUCUGCAGAGCUGGUGGGUCUCACGAAACCGGACCUUCACGGUGAUUUAACAACCAGAGAAGUUGCUGCUUUGAUCGAGAUGAAUGAAAAGGAUCUCCUUGAUCUUAUGCUUGACGAUAGCAUCCUCAUCGAGUAUGCUGUGCUGCGUGAAAUGACAGCUAUUCAUGAAAAUGAAAUCAUGAGACUUCUCUUUGGAAAGUCGACUGAAAAGAUAGUUCUGAGAGCUAAGGAGUUUUCGCCCUUGAAGUUCGAGCCAUUCUUAGCACGACUUAGACAAGACUAUGCUUCAUUUGAAAGCGAGGUGCAACGAUACAUUGGGCUUCAUGAUAAAUACAUUCUAAAUCCUACAAAAGAGCAGGAAAAGGACAAACUUGAAGAGAAAGAGUCAGAAGGAAAAAACCCAAACAAGGACAAUUCGAAGAAGAGCAAGGAAGAAAAGCUGCAGAAGACUAAAGACACUGAGGUCAACGAGAAUAAGUAG